GUAGCCCUGGAGACUGUUACCAACCGGCCGACACGCAGCGCCGCCGCCGCCGCCGCAGCCGCCGCCGCCGCCGCCGCAGCCGCCGCAGGAGCCGCUGCCCGAACUCCCGGCCGAACUCCAGUGCGGAGUAUGCAGGCCUCAGAGGGGGGAGCCGACUGUCCCUCUCCGGUGACUCUGUGCCCUUCAGCUGCUGCCCAGGCCCCUGUCGUCCAGCCAGUGCCAACCUCCCCCCAGAGGGUCCUCGUGCAGGCGGCGGGCCCAGCCCCCAAGGGCGCCCCCAUGCAGCCUGUAGCCCUGCCCCGGGUCCAGCCACUUCCGCAACAGGUGGCCGUGCAGCACGCCUACCCCGCGCAGGUGCAGUACGUGGAAGGGGGCGACGCCGUGUACACCAAUGGAGCCCUGCGCGCUGCCUACGCCUACAACCCCGAGCCCCCCCUCUACGCCACCAGCAGUGCCGCCUCCUACUUCGAGGCCCCGGGGGGAGCCCAGGGGGCCGCCGGCUCCUCCCCGCCCGCCGUGCCCCCCCACGGCAUGGUGGGCAUCGCCAUGGACGCCACGGGCGCUUACCUCAUCCACGGGGGCAUGGAGGGCAGCAGGCACGCGCUGGCUCACACCUCCCGCUCCUCGCCCGCCACGCUUGAAAUGGCGAUUGAGAACCUGCACAAAAGUGAAGGGAUGGCAUCACACAAAAGCGGUUUGCUCAACAGCCAUCUGCAGUGGCUGCUGGACAACUACGAGACAGCGGACGGCGUGAGCCUGCCCCGCAGCUCACUGUACAGCCACUACCUCCGCCACUGCCAGGACCACGAGCUGGAGCCCGUCAACGCUGCCUCCUUCGGGAAGCUCAUCCGCUCCGUCUUCAUGGGGCUGCGCACACGCCGGCUGGGCACCAGGGGCAACUCCAAAUACCACUACUACGGCAUCCGGCUGAAGCCAGACUCGCCGCUGAACCGGCUGCAGGAAGAUUCCCAGUACAUGGCCAUGAGGCAGCAGCCCCUGCACCAGAAGCCCAGGUACCGGCCGGUGCAGAAGGCGGACAGUCUCGGGGACAGCGCCGCGCACAGCACGCCGGAGCAGGCCACGGCCGCCCAGAGCCACCACCACCAGCAGUACAUAGAUGUCUCGCACGCCUUCCCAGAGUUCCCGGCUCCUGAGCUGGGCGGCGUUUUGCUUCAAGACAAUGUGACCGUGCAGGACGUGAAGGCUCUGCAGCUGGUGUACAGGCUGCACUGCGAGGCGACCCUGGACGUCGUCAUGACCCUGCAGUUCCACUACAUUGAGAAGCUCUGGGUUUCUUUCUGGAAUUCUAAGACCCUGUCAGCCGCUGACCGUCCCUCCUCCCUCCCAGCCAGCGAGGCCGGCGACUGCGCGGUGCUUCCCAAGGACAAGCUUGUGGCGCUGUGCUCCUGCGAGCCUGUGCUGCGCUGGAUGCGGCGCUGUGACCACGUCCUGUACCAGGCGCUGGUGGAGGUCCUCAUCCCUGACGUGCUGCGUCCCGUGCCCAGCACGCUGACCCAGGCCAUCCGGAAUUUUGCCAAGAGCCUGGAGGGCUGGCUGACCUCGGCCAUGAGCGACUUCCCUCAGCACGUGGUUCAGACCAAGGUGGGGGUGGUCAGCGCCUUCGCACAGACCCUGCGACGCUACACGUCACUCAACCACCUGGCGCAGGCGGCUCGCGCGGUGCUGCAGAACUCGGCGCAGAUCAGCCAGAUGCUCAGCGACCUCAACCGCGUGGACUUCGCCAACGUGCAGGAGCAGGCGUCGUGGGUGUGUCAGUGUGACGAGGGCAUCGUGCAGCGGCUGGAGCAGGACUUCAAGCUGACGCUGCAGCGGCAGAGCUCGCUGGACCAGUGGGCCGCCUGGCUGGACCGCGUGGUCACCCAGGCCCUCAGGCAGCACCACGGCAGCCCCGGCUUCCCCAAGGCCGCCCGCCAGUUCCUGCUCAAGUGGUCUUUCUAUAGCUCCAUGGUGAUCCGGGACCUGACCCUGCGCAGCGCGGCCAGUUUCGGGUCCUUCCACCUCAUCCGCCUGCUGUACGAUGAGUACAUGUUCUACCUGGUGGAGCGCCGCGUGGCCGAGGCCGCCGGGGAGACGCCCAUCGCCGUCAUGGGCGAGUUCAACGACCUGGCCUCCCUGUCCCUGACCCUUCUCGACAAAGAGGACAUCAAGGAGCACCCUCGGGGUGGCGGCCAGGCAGACCCCGACGCCCACAGUCUGGGGCGGCCCCUGGUGAAGCGGGAGCGCAGCGAGUCCGGCCCCUCCCUGCAGGACAUCUAGCCCCUCAAGUCCUGGCCGGGACCCCAGCUCCACAGCCCCUCGGUGCCCUCCCGGGGUGCAGUGCCAAGACUCUGGGGGCCCCCACUGCACCCCUCUUGCUCUGCUGGAACGGGAGAGCUGGGGAGCCCCCGUGCCAGCACCGCACCCCGAGUGAGUUUCCCACGACGGAAGGUGCCUUUUGCCCCGCUGCUCCGGGCUGGGGAGCACCCGGGGGAGAGCCGGGCACCCCAACGCUACGUGUCACCGGGAACCGCGCCCAGGGGCAGCGGAGACGCUCCGAGACAGACAAACCACAAGUGUCUUCUUCCUUCCGGAACGCGGUGGCCCCCCACCCGCACCGCAGCACUGUGACCCCCGCCCUCACCCCAGCCGGGCGCCUCGGGCCUCU